UACGAAAUAAAGUUGGAUUCAAAAAACAAAUGUGAGCAAGCCUUCGUCUCACUGAUCACGUACCUGUUGCCAAGCACGCUUCUUCUUUGAAGCUUCCCCUCCCUCCCUCGCCGGUAGACACUUAUAUAUAGGAGUGCAAACAUUUGACGCCUUGAGUAACCGUAGCCUCCUCGCAUCAACAGCAAGAUCUCCUCCUCUGCCCGCGCGCCGCACACAUGGCUGCCUGCGUCGACAAGUGGCAUCCGAUGCACCCCGGCCGCCUCUCGAGCGCCAUCUACCGUUUCUUGCCGGACUGCACCACGGACCGCCUGGUGGCCGCCGCAUCGGCAGGCGCGGCCGCGAGUGGGAGCGGCGGCAACUGCUGCGUCAGCGGCGACGACGUCUGGGACGAGCUGCGCGCGGAGGCUCAGGCCGACGCGGACGCCGAGCCAGUCCUCCGCAAGUUCUACGCCGACCUCGUCCUGUCACGGCCGUCGCUGGAGGCCGCCCUCGCCGAGCACCUGGCCGCCAAGCUCUGCGUCACCGGCGCGCUGCCGCAGGACGCGCUCCGGGACCUCCUCGCCGGCGCGCUCGCGGCGCACCCGGAGGCCGGCUGCGCUGCGCGCGCCGACCUCCUCGCGGCGCGCGACCGCGACCCUGCCUGCAACAGUAUGGUGCACUGCUUCCUCUACUACAAGGGGUUCCUCGCCCUGCAGGCCCACCGCGCGGCGCACGGGCUCUGGUCCGACGGUCGCGCGGCGGCGGCGCUCCUCCUCCAGAGCCGCGCGUCCGAGGUGUUCGGCGUGGACAUCCAUCCCGGUGCGUGCAUUGGCUGCGGCAUCCUGUUCGACCACGCCACGGGCAUCGUCAUCGGCGAGACGGCCGUCAUUGGCAACGACGUGUCCAUACUGCACGGCGUGACGCUUGGUGGCACCGGGAAGGAUUCAGGCGACCGGCACCCGAAGGUCGGGGACGGGGUGCUGAUCGGCGCCGGUGCCAGCGUUCUCGGCAAUGUGCACAUUGGAACCGGGGCGAAGAUCGGAGCGGGGGCCGUCGUGCUCCGAGACGUGCCGGAGGGAACCACGGCCGUUGGAAAUCCCGCGAAGGAGAUCGGGAAGAAGGCGGCGCCGCAGCGGCGGCCGGAUGAGCAGCCCGGGGUGACCAUGGAGCAGAGAUGGUUGGAUUACGUGAAUUGAAGGCUCUAGAGGGGUCUGAGUGCAAAUAUUUAGUGCAGGAGAGUUUCCCUCCAAAAUAUAUUUGUGGUUGAUGACCACUAUUACUCUGCUAUAUAGAGCUCCAUUGCAUAAGAGGGAGCUCAAUUAGACAUUGAACCCUAGUGCAAGUCCAUACUAUUUUUUAUGUUCCUUUUUUCUGUUGUUUCUGGAUGGAAUAACGAAAUAUGCAUCUGAUCAA